AUGUAUUGUAUCGUUGAUUUCAGUAUUAUUCCUAUUGGCGUAGAACCUAGUCUCUCAAAGUACAUUGCCGAAACUCUAAAAAUCUUGGAUAAAGCUGGGUUAACCUAUAAACUUCACGCAAAGGGAACAAAUAUCGAGGGAGAGUUGGGUGAAGUGAUGGCAAUAAUUGAAAAAUGCAUUUCUCGUUUGCACGAAAUUGGUGUGCCUCGAGUUGAUACUAUGAUUCAUGUUGGGGUAAUAAUUCUAUUAUUUUAA